AUGGAGGAACCCGACAAAUCAGAGGAAAUAUGUCGAUUAUGCGACGAUAAUAGCGAGAAAAUGUUUAGCAUAUUCGACAAAAACGAAGAGGGCAUUGAAACCCUUCAACUUAUAAAAGAAUGUUUGCAGAUCAUAAUUUAUAGAACUGACCCAUUAUCAAAACAAAUAUGUGAAAGUUGUUUGGAAAGUUUGGACACCCUCAGCAAAUUCAGAAGGAACGCUGAAGAAAUUGCUGAAAAACAGAGGGACAAACUCAGAUCCAGUGAUGAAGCAAAUACCAGAGUAGUCCAAUUAUUUCUACAGUGUGGAGAUAUUACAGACGAAUCCUCCGAACUGAAAGAUGCUAGCACCUCGACCGAAGAUCUCACAGUCCUUUGUAAAGGCUGCAAAAAAGCCAUCCGGGACGGCAGCGAGGUGAAUGGAGAAGUGGAGCUGUGCACGGAUCUGCACAAGGCCAUCGCCGAAUCGAUGGUGAAGAAUGAAGUGGCCAGCGACGAGAAGUCGUUGCGGAAGAGGAAAGUGGUGCCGUUCUAUCAUGAGCUGGACGAUUCCAUUUGCAGCAGUCUGACGGAGUACAACACGGAAGGAUCUCAGGGCUUGGACGAACCGAGCGACUCGUCGUCGUCGGACUCGGACGAGGCGCAGCGACCGACGAAAAGGCGUCGCAUCGAGUCGGGCGAGGACGAGGACAACGAUAGCAACAAAGACGACGAGAGCAACAAGGACGGCGCGUCUGUAGACCCGUUGGCACUGGAGGGGCGAGAGGGGCUGACGAUCAGGCACCCCGACGAGAUCAACGGGGAGGGGAACGUGGAGGAGAACGGGGAGGAGAACGAGGAGGAGGUGGGGGUGGAGAAUAGUUUCGCCGACGAGGAGGAGAUCAGAUACCAACCGCUGACGCUGCUGAUGCUGGCCCUGAACGCGAUCAACGUGAUGAACGUGCCGGACUACGAGCCGGACGAGUACACCUGCGAGACGAUCUACCCGGAGUGCAACUACUGCGGCGCCCGGUUCCAGAACUACAAGAUGCUGGCGGUGCACGAGGUGGGCCAUUUGGACGUCGAGAUGGGCGACAAGAUCGACAAUCCGAUUCCGUGGCAUUCGUCGAGGGACGACGCCGAGAUCCGCAACAAAUGGCUGACCUUCUUCGACGAGAACGGCUACGAGGACGACGACAUCGUCAUCGACGAGCAAGUCGACGUCGACGUCGAAACGGUCGACCCCACAGCCUCCAACCUACUCGUCCCCGUCCCGGAAAUGGUCAAGCCGGAGGGAACAUCUGGGGGGGCGAGUGGGGCAUUGGGGGGGCCGGUGCCAGAAGGGCAGACGGCGCCCAAGCUGACCGGCGAGGAGAAGAUCGUGUUGGCUGGCACGCAGCCCACGGUGAACGGUUUUUAUUUGGGGGACUAUGCAAAGGAUGACAGGAAGUUGCUGUACCAGUCGAUGCGGAUAGCGGGGGUGAACAAGAAGUUCUGUACGCUGUGUCGCUACACAUUCAAGGACAACUGGGCCAUCGAGAGCCACUACUUCUCGCUGGCGUGCUUCUACACGUGCCGCUACUGCGGCAUGCGCUUCAACAAGCAGCGGCACAAGUUCGAGGAGCACGUGGACGAGCACAAGGCGGAGAAGCACGAAGUGUCUGCGAAGGUGUACGCGGCGAGCAAGCUGAGCAACGUCAUCCCGAAGGUGCUGCACCCUCCUAAGCCGAGAAGGAUCGUCGUGACGCAGCACAAUCCGUCGCCAGAGAUGUUCGGGGCCCAAGGGCAGAACAGUCCGGCGUUUAACCAGCAGAUGAAGAUGAAAAAUGUCAUGGAAAGGCGUAGUCUACAGCCGAAUUUACAGAUCAAAGAGGAGCCCCAGGACUCCAAAGAUUUCAUCACCUCCCAGUCCAAGUCUGGCAACCAGGCCUAUUUCUGCCGGAAAUGCUACAAGGUUUUCUUCAAGUUGGACGAAUUCAACAUCCAUAGCAAAAACUGUGACUUUCACCAGUUCCCAGCGCGGAAUUCGGGGGGUAGGCCGAACUUCGGCCCCCCCAAGAACGGGGAAGUUUCUCCCGCCGGUAGGCCUAUGCGAAAUUGUACCAAAGAAAUUGGGCCUUAUAAAGAUGAGGUGUAUUUGCCUGACUCGAUAAUGAGGGAGAAGGAGCCGCGACAGCAGCACGUUCCGGGCCAGAGUUUCGUCUGCUUCAUCUGCAACACCCCUUUCCCUACCAUCUAUUCCAGGAACAGCCACAUGCGCAUCCACAAGGGCGAGAUGCAGCAGAGCCCGAUGCCGCAGCAGCAGGGCCCCCCGCCCAGCUACAAGGCGCGGGCGCCGCAGGCCAGUCAGAAUAAUCACAUGAUGCAGAACUACCGUUCCCCCGCCGCCAACCACCAGCCCCACCACCGGCAGCAGCUGCACAGUCCCAUCAUGGAGAUGAUGGAGAUCAAGCAGGAGCCGAUGGACGCCGCCAUGGAACCCAUGGUCGAGAUCUACGAGCCCGAACAGCCCACGGUGUUUCCCGAAUCGCUCGGCGAUGGGGCUGUCAGCAUCACGCCCAUCAGCAAGAACCCCAACAAGCAGCAGCAGCAACAGCAGCAUAGGGGGAGCUUGGGAGUGAGCAAUGUGAUGCGGAUGGUGCAGGGGAAUUCGCAGCUGUCGAUCAAGAAGCCGCAAGAGAAGAUGCAGCAGCAGCAGAUGCAAGUGCCGAGCGGCAGUAGCUCCCACGCCGCUAUGGCCAUGGGCAUGGGCAUGAUCUUCCCCGACCCUGAUCGCACCUACAAGUGCUCCUCCUGCUGGGAGGCGUUCGCCAACAAGUCCCACCUCUACUUCCACAAGAAGAACCAGUGCGAGGGAUCGCGCCUGCCCUGUCCCUUUUGCAAGAAGCGCUUCGGCACCGAGGCCGAGUACAGUUCGCAUAUUUAUUAUAGUCAUCCCGAGUAGGCCUACUGUUCAAACGAACUACUUUGCGCUAAAGGCGAGCGGUGUGUGGGAAGAUCAAUGGGAAAACGUUCGAUAGAAGAAUAGGUCGUUAACUUUCGUUGCCUCUACGCAUUUCUGAAUUCAAAUUGGGUCCUUAUGGUUCCGAAUCAUCUGAACAAGUUCAAAUUUAUAAGGAGAUUGAUCAAAUUCGAAUUCAACAUGUCGCACGUUAACUUCCACGAGUUGAACUUGUUUUAGAGCUUCCAUCUGCUCUGUAGACCUACUGUGCAAACGAACUAUUUUUAUUGAAGGCGUGCAGUGUGGUAGAAUCGAUGGGAAAGCGUUCGAUGGAAGAAUAUAUCGUUAGCUU